AUCCUUUCACCCACUCUGACAAUGCACAUGCUCACAGGUCUGCUAUUUCAGAGCUGAGCACAGUUCGUCCGGCAAUAAGGUCAUCAUGCUCAUGACAGACUACACUGACCAUGCCUCGUUGCCGCAUCAGGAUAACGAUGAUAAAUUGACGCGCAUCAUAGUAACACUCUGGGACGAGCACUUCGAGACCGCGUUAUCCAUGAAUAUCUGCGUCGGCCAGCUCCUCUAUCUCAAGAACCUAAACUGCAAGGUCAACAAGAGUAACAUAAUCGAGCUGAACAUGAACGGCUACCGACCAGGUAGAGGAUUUGCGCAGGUUGAUCCGAUCAGCAUCUUGGAUACUCAUGAUCCUCUAGUAGCAGCGCUGAGACGACGCAAAGCCCGCCAUGGAAUCACAUCCGGAGAAGAAGGUCCACUACCACAACUUCUGGCCACGGAAAGCAGCACUUCGCAGCAAGGAACUAUGGCGUCCAAUACUCUAUCCGGGCCAACAGUGACCCCCAACCCCACAGCGGUAAAGCCAGCACUACCUGUCACAAUAGCACCAAGUUCGACACCAUUAAUUGUGCAGCCCACCAAACCUGCAUCGUCUUCAAUAUCGACUCCCUCAGACCGACCAGUCACUUUCAAAACGGAGCCCCUCUUGCCGGUGAAUCUCAAAAGAGAAGUCGCGUCGCCACCACGUUCUAGAAUGUCGUCGACAAUACUACCGUCUCUGCCUCCACCUCUGCAAUUUAGUAAUUCAUGUUCGACUACCGAUGGACCUCCAACACGUAUUUUGAUAGAGAAAGUUAGACGAAAAAUUCGUGAUAAGCCGAGCGGAAGGUUGCCUGCUACGCAAAUUCGAUUUCUGAGGCUGAAUGCAGGUGUCGUGGAUUUUGAGCCGUCGCAAAUCAAGGACUUUUCAGUGGCAACUUGUAACAAUUGCGCCCACGAGUACGGCCCUGUUUCAGAUAGGAAAAUCCCUACGAAGUGUCCUAGAUGCCGGCGUGACGAUAGCGUCAAAUUCAAGUACAAGUUCAUGUUGAAGCUGAUGGAUGAGCUAUACCAGAUCUACAACGUACAUGUUAACAACGAGGGAGCACAAGAGUUACUUGGAACCGAGCUUGCAAAUGCACCAAAGCUGCGUAAAACUGGAGAUCAUCUUAACAAACUAAAGGAAAAACUCGCGCGCAUUGGAGUUGUUGAAGGUCAUGCCAACGCAGCACAGAAACCAUCCAUAUAUUUUGACUGCUACCUGGAACUGGUUAAAAUCAAGGGCUCGUCGCCUGUUGAGGAACCGGAGGACCACGAUUGGCGAUCUGACGACGAAGGCAAUGAUACGAAAUUGGAAGGCGACACGAACUCUGAGCUGUUUUCGCAGCCAUUCGAGACCAUGUGGCAGAAGCGGCAAAUGACCAGUGAUAUGAUUAGGCGAGGCAAGAGACCCUGUCGCAAUGUGCUUGAAGGUGUACCAAAUGAAAAUUCCGUGGGCCUCGUGUUGCAAGGACUCGAUAAUCAGGAGUCUCAAGCAGAUUUCCAGGCGCUGCUUGUCUGCACGACCAUCGUCUGAAGACUCGUUCGAUGUAGAGCACGUUUGUACUCCAUUGAAUAUGCAGAGGAGCAGGCAAUUGUGCCUUACGGCUUCAUCCAUGUACCAGUUCGCAAGCGUGCAAUAUGCAUGAUGCACAAAAGUGAAUAAAAGUUGCAUGUGCAGGGGAUGCAGCGAAACAAACAGUAAAACUUGCUGGACAAGCGGAGCGGAGUGACCCCUUCUGGAACGGUGGACUCGGUUUAUGGCCGCCCCGCUCUGCUGCCCUGCUGACUGCUC